AUGGCCUCCUCAUUCCUGACACGGGGAAAGAAGAUCGUGGCGAUCGGUCGCAACUACGCGGCUCACGCCAAAGAGCUCAACAACGCGGUUCCCACCGAACCCUUCUUCUUCCUCAAACCCACCACCUCUUACAUCUCCAACAACGGAACCGUCGAAAUCCCUCGCAACAUUGUCGCGCACUACGAAGUCGAACUCGGCGUCGUCAUCGGCAGCCCUCGCGUCCGCGACGUUUCCGCCGCCGAAGCAAUGAAGCACGUCGCCGGCUACACGCUCUCCAUCGACAUGACCGCACGCAACCUCCAGGACAAGGUGAAAUCCAAAGGUCUCCCCUGGUCUUCCGCAAAAGGCUUCGACACCUUCACCCCGACCUCUGGAUUCAUCGACAAGUCUCGCGUCAGAGACCCUUCCAAACUCAAACUUUGGCUCAAAAUCAACGAUCAAAUCAAGCAGAACGGCACUACGGGGGACAUGAUCUUCGGAAUCCCGGAGUUGAUCGAGCACGUUUCGUCGAUCAUGACGCUCGAGGAAGGCGAUCUGCUCUUGACGGGUACACCGCAGGGUGUAGGCGAGGUCAAGGAUGGUGAUGUCAUGCAUUGCGGGCUGGAGGAUCAGUCGGGAAACCUGCUCGAACAGCUCAAGAUCAAUGUGGCCAACCGCGUCGGCGGAUACGAGUUCAAGCCCUAA